AUGGGCAAUCUACCAGAACAAAGGUUAAAUCCAAGUCAUCCGUUUGACGUAGUUGGUGUCGAUUAUGCAGGCCCAUUUUUAAUAAAAAAUCAUACGGGCAGAGGUGCUAAAGUUUCAAAAUGUUAUGUCGCGCUCUAUAUUUGCUUUUUAACAAAAGCUGUCCAUUUAGAAUUAGUUACUAGCCUUAGCAAGGAUGCUUUUAUUAAAAAAAUUUCCCGUAAAGGAAAACCCUCAACAAUUUUCUCAGAUAAUGGUACUAAUGAAUUAAAAGAGUUAAGUACAUUUUUUAUAAAAAAUAACCUUGAACUAAUCACAUCUGCUUCUAAUGAAGGUAUUGAUUGGCAUUUUAUACCGCCUCAAUCACCUCACUUUGGGGGUCUCUGGGAGGCUGGUGUAAAGAGUAUGAAGUCACAUUUGAAACGUGUGGUUGGUGGUGUGUCACUUACUUUUGAGCAAUUAUAUACACUUUUAGUCGAAAUUGAGGCAAUAAUGAAUUCUCGCCCUUUAUCCCCAAUUUCUUCCGAUCCCGAAGACCUCGCUCCACUUACACCAGGGCAUUUUAUUAUUGGAAAACAACUUAGUCCUGUUCCUGGCACAGAUGUUAUUGAUGGUCCAGUAAACCGCCUGACGAUUUAUCAACAUUUACAACAAAUGAAACAACACAUUUGGAAGCGUUGGAUGAAAGAGUACAUAGCCGAGCUGCAGCAAAGAUCCAAGUGGAGAUUGAAUUAUGACUCUUUAAAGGAAGGUGUCUUAGUGUUAAUUAAAGAUGACAAUCUUCCUCCUAUGAAGUGGAAGCUAGGACGUGUAUUAACUGUUUUUCUGGGAAAGGAUAAGGUUUCGCGAGUGGCGCUUGUAAAAACUGAUCGCGGAAAUAUAACUAGGUGUUUUUCCAAACUGUGUCCGUUGCCCUUGUCGAACUUAGUGUAA